GGGGAGGAGGAUUGUGGCAGUAAACAUACAGCAUUGCAUGGAAAAUUGUGAAGAAACUCGUCCGCACGAAAGCACGAAUGGGAUUUAUUUUUAAUUUGACGUUUUUCUGGCAAAAACCUGGUUAUUCUAGUUAAUGUGGUGUUGUGCUGUGGUAUUAGUGGAACACACGUGCCGCUAGACGAGGAGCUGAGGUUGUCUCAUUUCUGGCUACUCUCUCGGUUGUAGGAAAUAAAUUACUGACACACAUUUCAAUUUCGGUAGUUCAAUAAAUUGCUUGUUAAAAUAAGAAAUCCUGUCUGUUUUCGUGGAGAAAUAUAAUUCCUUUCUCUAACGGUGAACACAUUAAAAAAACAGAUUCAUUCAAGGUUUCUCCCUAUGAAAAUCAUGGAGUGAAAAGUGAUGCGGUAAGCUUGAAGCGAACUCAGAUUUUGUCAAAUUAACCCUUCAGAGGGAGAAAAAUACAAAUCGUGAGUCUCGCGAGGCAUCCGUGUUUCGCACAUUACGUUGAAAAGUUAACUGCCAGUCUUUAAGCUCAUUGAACAUGUGUUAGCUACAAAGCAUUCGAUCUAUAUCGAUGGAAAAACUUUGCAUAGGGGGAAAAACUUGUACCGUUCGAGAAAUGUAGAAAUGUAAAUUUCGGUCAUAAAAAUGCAAAUGACAAGGUGGACAUUUAUUUUGCCCAGAAGUGAAUUGGCACGUGAGCACCACGGAUCACUGAGUGUACGAAAUCAAUGUUAUCGAUGUGCAAAGUGUAUUUGAAGCUUUAAAACCUUUUAUAUUUCCAUCAACUUCUCAAGUGGACAAUUUCGCUUCCAAUCGAAUCGGAUGCUAGACGUGUUGAGUCUAGACAAAAGCAUUUCCUUAUUCCGCGUCAUUCGCUGUUCCCCUCGACGGAACACAUACCGCACCGAGCACCCUCUUCAGUCUGCACCAAGCCGAAAAUUUUGAUAACAUCUUAUCGAAGCGCGUUCCACGUGAAGUCAUAUUCUGCCAAACCCUGCUGUGUUGGUCAGCCCGGAGGAGCUGAAAACACACACGCUGUCAACGCUGGCGUUCUGUUGGCGUAGAAAAGAGCUAUUGACUUGAGGCAAAUGUACGCAUGCGGCCGGCGCAGUUGGAUGGGGUGCCUCACACAUUGAACUACAGAACGGUAUCUUCCAAUCGAUACUGGAUUGGCGAAGCCAAACGGUACGGUUUGAUACAGUCUUCGUCACUUAGAAGUCUUCCAGUUGCAUUCCGGACGUUCGUUGGAUUCGUUUGCGCGAGAUGAGUGACGGCGGUCGAUCCAAAGUGAUGGAGUUUUAUCGGGAUUCGACGGUACUGAUAACUGGAGCCAGCGGGUUUGUGGGGCAGGUACUGCUGGAGAAAAUUCUGCGCUGCCUCGAAGUGCGGAAAGUGUAUGUGAUGAUUCGUUCCAAGCGAAAUUUGAAUGCCGAGGACAGGCUGGAGAGAAUGCUGAAGGGUCAGCUGUUCGACAGGCUACGGGACGAUCCACUGGUGUCCCGGGACAUGAGGAGCAAAGUGGUACCAGUGGAGAUUAGGCUGGAAGGUGCUGAUGAGUUGAUCGUUGACGAUCUGAACAGCAAACUGCAGGAGCAGGUGGAAAUUGUGUUCAAUCUGUUGGCUUCGGUAAACUUCAAUGAACCUUUGGAUUGUGCGUUGAAAACCAACGUAGAAUAUACGGAUCGGUUGCUGAGUUUGGUAAGUCGGAUGAAGCGGCUGAAGUCAGUCAUUCACGUAUCGACGUUUUACUCGAACUGUGACAAGAGCUUCAUCGAAGAGCGCAUUUACGAUGACAUAAGUUUCGGUGGUUACGCCAAUAUAAUGAAUAUAGUGUCUAAGCUGAACGAUUCGGAAAAGCAACUAUUGACGGAACAUCUCAUUGGGAAUUUUCCCAACACAUACACUUUCAGCAAGAAGUGUGCUGAAGUGCUUAUAUUAGAUAAGUUUAAAUCGCUGCCGAUUGGAAUAUUUCGACCACCCAUUGUGAGUUCAACUUAUCGUGAACCCGUUCCUGGUUGGAUAGAUAACUUCAAUGGACCAUCUGGAAUGGUGGUUCCACUCUCCGAAGGUCUAUACAGUGCGGCAUUACUGGAUUCCCGAAAACGGCCGUUCAUCGUUCCGGUAGAUUUCUGUGUCAACGCUAUACUGUCCAGUGCGGUUGACGUUCAGCGGCGUCACAUGCGAGGUUCGGAAAUACCAGUGUACAACUAUACCGAUUCCAGCUGCAAUCUAACUUGGGGCGAAAUAGUAAAUCGGUUCUUCCAAGGGCUCACGUUUGGAAAGCGCGUGUUGGCGACAUAUCUAACCGGUACCGUUACUCGUAAUCCCAUACACUACUCCAUGUGCAAGCAGAUUAUGCGUUUACAGGCAUCCCUUCUGGAUCUGCUACGAAGAGCCAGCGGUCGUAGUCCAGUUAUGGGACCAAUAUUCGAGCGAAUGAUCACCUUGAGUGAACUGUUGCGGUUCUUCUGCGUCAACGAGUGGCAGAUGGAGAACGGAAACAUCAAGCAAAUGCUGGCGGAAGCUAGCCUACUCGAAGCGAGAGUGUUUCCGUUCGAUCUGUCCAAGGUGAACUGGGAUGAGUACUACAGGAACUUUGUUCCCGGGGUGGUCAAGUAUGCCGUUGAACCAAGGAAAGCGAAAGACGCAAGUAGACCGAAACUGGUUGUAAAUGAACGCAAGGGUGCACUCUUCCUGGUGUGGAGCUUCCUAUUCCGGAAUUUGAUUGUAGUUUUCAAGUUCAUUUUCGGAUACAGAAAAAAAUAACUCGCGGAAGUGUUGCUUUGCAAGAACAUUUCACAUAGUGCUUCACGGAUGUGCGUUUAAUGUAGAAUUAAAUGUAUCAUCCAACUUUGAUACUCUCUAGUACUUUUCCAAUAAUUCUAGUAAUUUGAAAUAAACGGUUGUGGUUUGCAGCUUGAAAUGAUGUUA